AUGACGAUGCGCGUAGGAAGUGGCAUCACCGCAGUCGGCCUGAUGGCAGUCGUCCACACAAUGUCGACUGCGGCACAAAACCUGUCCUACGGAGCAGACAACUUCUACCGUAGCAAUGUCGUCACAAUUCAGCCCAUCACUUUCCAGACUCAGUAUAAUACGACCGUCGCUGGCAGCCUAUUCACCCACAACAACCUCGACAUCACUGUCAAUACCUCUGCUAUUGUUGUCGGCCACCCCAUGGGCGCGGUCAAGGAGCAAAGCGCGAAUCUCUAUGCCACAAAGCUAGCAGAACAGGGCUUCGUCACCAUGUCUCUAGACCUCCCUCACUGGGGCGGCAGCGAGGGUACGCCAUGCAAUGCCGUGUCAGCAGAGCUUUACGCCGACGCCUUCAGUGCUGCGGUCGACUAUCUCAUCACCCAGGACUUCGUCGACCAUGACCGCAUUGGCGCCCUCGGCAUCUGUGGCAGCGGCUCGUUCGUCAUCAGCGCCGCCAAGAUCGACCCGCGCAUCAAAGCUAUUGCGACUUCGAGCAUGUACGACAUGGGCUCCGUUUCUCGCAAUGGGUUGCAAAAGUCCGUGUCUCUUGGGCAGCGCAAGGAGAUCAUCGCCGGGGCGGUACAACAACGCUCGAUCGAGGUGAAUGGCGGUGAGGUGGAAUACACCGGUGGCACGCCGCAAGAAAUCACAGAAGAGUCAACUGCUGUCGACCGCGAGUUUUUCGACUUCUACCGUACUCCGCGUGGUGAGUUUACACCUGAGGGCUCGUCACCGAACCUCACGACGCACCCGACGCUGUCAAGCAACACCAAAUUCAUGAACUUUUACCCGUUUAACGAUAUCGAGACGAUUUCGCCACGGCCUUUACUGUUCGUCUCGGGAGACCAGGCACACUCGCGUGAGUUCAGCGAGGACGCUUACGCUCGUGCGGCUGAGCCGAAGGAGCUGGUCUGGGUUGCGGGCGCCGGUCAUGUCGACCUCUACGACCGGGUGGAACUCAUCCCGUUCGGAAAGUUCACACAGUUCUUCCAAAAGAGCCUCGUUGGAAACUGA